UAUACCACCAAUACUUUUUACUCGAAAAAUAAUACAGGUGUCGCUCGAAAAGACACCAUGCUAAAUGUAUAUAUGAACAGUAACUUUUAAAUUCCUGUCACAGAGGCACUUUGAGUAAUUAAUGUGCAGUGGGACUAAUGAAGCACUAAAAUGCCACACCCCCGAGUAUGCCUGUAACAACGCGAAGACUGAAACCCUUGUACUGUACAAUGUGCUUUACAAGGCAAAGCCCCAAAUUACAGUUCUGUAGUGUUAGUUGCCUCAAUUAGUACUUAUACUCUUUAGAUCUCAGACUUUAAUGUUUCUCAGUACCAAAAGUUUGUGCGCAAUCGGGGGGAGUAUUGCUUUUUCUUUUCUAGUCAUGGAGUAAAAAUCGACAUCUAUCUAUAUCGCUGAGAUGCUUUUGUUUUGGCCAGUGCUCCAGUAAUUUGAUAAACUUGUUUUGUAUUGAUUGUGUUGAUUUUAUUUGUGUUCCUCUGUUAAGUGGUUGAGUAAAUAAAUAAUAUGUUGGGGUACUGCUGACUGGUGGAGUUGCACCUUGCUCAGAAAAUGGUUUGCAUGUAUUUAGUGAUAGACCGUUAUCUAUUUUGGGACACUAUUGGCAAGUUUCAUAAUCCCUGAUUAGCACUAGUCUACUUACUGUUGCCUUAGUCAAAGUGUAAGGAGCUUGAAUUUAUAUAUAUACAUUUGUUACCGUCUAUGUGGUACUGCAUUCUGUUGCUGCCAAACUGAGCUAGUAUUUUUGUUUUCUCUGAAUUGGCGUUUUAUUUGUGUAGAGCAGCUUUGUGCCUGUCUGGAGAAUCUAAAGGGCUGGACACUGAACAGCUUUCCUCCUUUCAUUCAAGUGAUGUGAGGAUGUGACUUCAACUAGCCCCACCUACUCUACAUUUAAACAAACACAGAGUAGGUGGUGCUGGCUGAGUUGAAAGGUCAUUUCUCCAUCACAUGCUUACAGUGGCUGGAGGUUGAAAUGGUCCCUUCUUUACUGACCACUCUAUUAUACAGCUUUGGCACAAGCUGGCCAUGUCUGCAUCAAUGGUUGGAAACCCAACCAAACAGACAGGAGUGCCCCGUGUGUAAGGCAGGAAUCAGCAGAGACAAAGUCAUUCCUCUGUAUGGGAGGGGGAGCACCAGCCAAGAGGACCCCAGGUUAAAAACGCCACCAAGACCCCAGGGACAGAGGACAGAGCCUGAGAGUCGAGGGCCCUUCCAGGGUUUCGGUGAUGCUGGGUUCCACAUGUCCUUUGGGAUCGGCGCCUUCCCCUUCGGCAUCUUCACUACAGUAUUCAACAGCAACGUGCCCAACCACAGAGCAGAUCACAAUGGGGGUAACCCUGGCAACGGUAACCCUAACAGCUGGCAGGAUUCUCUCUUCCUGUUCGUUGCCAUUUUCUUUUUCUUCUGGCUGCUGAGCGUGUGAGGAAGGCCAAGCAGGAAGUGAGGUCAUCAGACACCAACCACACGGUGCAAUGUGGUUACAGAGCCCGCCCCCCCAAACCCCAAUUUAGGGGAGAGAAUCAAAGGGGAGUGUGGAUAUGGAAGCCAGUUAAAAUAGUGGGGGGGGGGGGGGGGAUACAGAUUUUUUAUUUAUUUAUUUUUUUAAACAUUCCCUUUUUAGAAACUGCACAAUUUCCAUUAUUAUUAUUAAAGUUCAAUGGCUCAGAGCUACGGAAAUUGUGAAGUUCUGUGGUUACUCCAGGAAUGAGAAUGAGGCUGAAUAACCCGGACAAGCCCCUGAAGGUGAAAAAAACACAACAGAAACACAUUAAACUGCUGAACUCAAGAGAGUUCCUUUCUCAGAUCUAGCUCCGCAUCUCCUUUUAAGCGAGGCAAUGGCGUGAUUUGAAACAGUGCGAUUCGUCAGAGUUAGAAUGAAUGCAAGAUUCCAAAAUGAGAUCAAGAAAAAAAACACUGUAGCAGUUGAGAAGUUAUUCAAUGCUAGAACUCAACAUUUGUAUAACACAGGGUUUCUAGGGCUACAAACGUCAGGUUAAUUUUGGCACAAAUAGAAGUGAAUGGCGCGGGGAGUCUCGAUGUAACCCACACACAGACGUGAGCACUCUUAAAUAGUGCUUUAUUAUUUAACAAUCCAGCAAUAUACACAGGCCUAGAACUGUAUGUAUUAUUACACAAGUUAUCUUUUUAAUCGUUAACAACUUUUCAGUCCUUUUUCAAGUUCGUUGAAAAAGUUGAUGAAGAAAAAAUGUCACAAUUUUGAAUGGACUUUGCAUUUGAAUUCCGAGAGGUGCCUCAGUUCUGAUUUUAAAAGCCGAUGACCUGGUCAGCUUACCAAUAUUGAGACUAAAGCACUGGAAAAACUUAAUGUGGUACAGUUGAUGUCACAAAUUUGGAAUUCAAGGCGGAAAAUGUGCUCUGAUUGGCUGAAAGUACUUCAGCAGUCUUAAAUAAUUUGUGUUUAGCUGUUUUUGUCAAAACUUUCGUGAGUGUCUCAAUAAAAAUAUAUGUAUAAUAUAUAUAUAUAUAUAUAUAUAUAUAUAUAU